GGGAGGCGAGCGAGCGAGAGUGCUGCAGGGGGGUGCCACAGGCUCAGUGCACAACGGCACAGAUGCUCUGUGCGGGGUCAGCUAGUGUAUUAAUUAUUUUUCUAUGUGAACUGCUGAAAUAUGGGACAGUAUAUAUCUACUGGUAGUCAUAGUCAUAAUCUUAAAUCCCAUCUGGUGACUCUUGCAGAAAUGCCUACGACUUCUCACUUUUAUUCAUGUGAAUGAAGUCCGUACAAGUAUACAAGGAAGAGCACUGUACCUCUGUGAUUGAGCACAAGAUUUGCAUGCAGAAGAUCCCAGGUUCAAUCUCCAGGUGGGGCAAAAAGACCUCUAGCUGAGACCCUGGAGUCACUGCCAGUGAUGACAGAACUGAACCAGAUGUGGUCAAAGAUCUCUCAAAGGCACAGGAACAGGCCAAGCUGAUAUUUGUCUGACUGGUUGGCAACCCUAGUCCCAGCUUCAUUUACAGAUGUGCUAACUGGAAUAGGAAAGACAGCAUCAAGUCAUCAACAGAAGUUACACCAUAUGAAAGCUCCCAGAUCUUUAAGACUUGCAUAGAAAUGAAAUUCCAUCUGGUGUGACUUACCUUUUCAGGCAGCCCUGUGAUGGGAAAAGGUGAAGCUGGAGAAGAACUGCCUUCAAUGCCACUUUAAAAGAAAAGAGUCCUUCCUAAUGUGUGAACCUGGCAUCUGUAAUGGUUCCUCCUAUUUCCUCUGGUCAAAUAUGGAAUAUAUCAUAUCCAACUGGUUCCAGUUAACUGACAAACAUCCUUGUCCCCUAAAUAAGUUGCAGACUUCUUUACAAAUACCUUUUCCUUGAUAGACAAGCAGAACAGUUGAAAAUGCUUACUUCAGUGCCAUGUAUGCUUCCUCUGCUGAUAUCUACAAACCAAACUGAUAUUAAAUGAAAGGAAGGAGGGCAGGGCAUUGUUUUCUGGUCAGAUGGCAAGCUUUUACCUGAGCUUGCUCAUUAAAAGGAGACAGUGUUCUAGUAUCAUUGCAUGCUUCCCAUUUCUGAGGUGAGACAUCUUGGGGUAGUCCCACGGGGUAGGCACAUGCUAUUGCAAGGCAGAAGAUAUGCUACCCUACAUUAGAUGCCUAGAGAGUGGUGCUACACUCUCAAGGUAGGGGUGGUCAAAUGGACAAGAGGACAGGGCUUUAAUCACCUUAUUAGAUCCCUUUUAAUUUGAUCCCUUUAAUAGAUGCAGAGAAUCAGUGAAGAAGAUGCACUUAAAAUGGUCAAUAAUGAGAAACUAUUAAACACCAACGAAACAAAGCAGGCCUACAAGAAAGAACAAGUCAAGAACCGAGCAGAAAAAUGGAAAAAUAAGCCACUGCAUGGUCAAUAUUUGCACAAUAUAAGUGGAAAAUCAGACAUCACUAAGACCUGGCAGUGGCUUACGAAUGGCAACUUGAAGAAAGAAACAGAGGGUUUAAUACUGGCUGCACAAGAACAGGCACUAAGAACAAAUGCAAUAAGAGCAAAAGUAAAAAAAUCCACAACAAACAGCAAGUGCCGCCUUUGUAAAGAAGCAGAUGAAACAGUGGACUACCUAAUCACCUGUCGUAAAAAGAUCACACAGACUUACUACAAACAAAGGCAUGACAAGGUAGCAGGGAUGAUACACUGGAACAUCUGUAAAAAAUACAUGCUACCUGUAGCCAAAAAUUGGUGGGACCAUAAAACUGAAAAAGUUGUAGAGAAUGAAGAUGCAAAUAUAUUAUGGGACUUCCGACUACAGACAGACAAACAUCUGCCACACAAUACACCAGAUACAACUGUAGUCGAGAAGAAAGAAAAACAAGUCAAAAUAACCAACAUAGCAAUACCAGGGGACAGCAGAAUAGAAGAAAAAGAAAUAGAAAAAAAUCACAAAACACAAAGAUCUACAAAUUGAAAUUGAAAGGCUGUGGCAGAAGAAGACCAAAAUAAUCCCAGUAGUAAUUGCUGCCUUAGGUGCAAUUCCAAAACAACUUGAAGAGCACCUCAACACCAUAGGGGCCACAGAAAUCACCACCAGCCAAUUACAAAAAGCAGCUUUACUGGGAACAGCCUA